CUCCUCGAUGGACUCUGUGGGCACGCCACAUAAAAAGGGCAACCCACUCGUCUUUGCUCCUCAACUUCUCAAUCGAGGCCUUCUCGAUUUUCCUCUCAAAGCCAUUCCCCCGACUCACUCCUAUCCUACUCGACACUGUUCAAUUUUCAAAGAACUUGGGCUUGUGCAGUGUUUCAAAAAGUAAGCUUUCUCCCUCGAACGACACCAUGGAAAGUAAGUCUCAGAAGCGGAACUUCUGCGCCUCUUCGGUUUUGCUUGAAUUCUCAGCAUCGGAUGAUCUCGAAGCUUUCAGAAAAGAAGUGGAAGAGAGGGGCCGCGACAUCGACGUGGCAAGCUCUUGGUAUGGGAGAAGAAUUGGAUCGAAGAAGAUAGGUUGGGAGAAGAGGACGGCCCUCAUGAUUGCGUCUCUUUUCGGGAGUACUAGAGUGUUGAAGUAUAUAAUUGAGGCUGGCAAGGUUGAUGUGAACAAAACCUGUGGUUCUGAUGGGGCCACGGCUCUGCAUUGCGCUGUUGUUGGUGGCUCUCACGCUUCACUCGAGGUUGUUCAGCUCUUGCUUGGUGUUGGUGCCGAUGUUGAUUGCAUUGAUGCGAGUGGAAAUAAGCCCGUUAACCUGAUUGCCCCUGCCUUCAAUUCCUUCUCCAACGCAAGGAGAAAGGCAAUAGAGUUGCUGCUGAGAGGUGGGCAAGCAGAUGAAAUCAUCAAUCAGGAGAUGGAGCAACAUAAAAUUGCGGUGCCUGCUUUCUCCUCAAAAGAAGGAACUGAGAAAAAGGAAUAUCCCGUUGAUGUAUCAUUGCCUGACAUAAACAGUGGUGUAUAUGGAACGGACGAGUUUAGAAUGUACAAUUUCAAGGUGAAGCCGUGUUCGAGGGCUUACACGCAUGACUGGACCGAGUGUCCGUUUGUUCAUCCUGGGGAGAAUGCCAGGAGGAGGGACCCACGUAAGUAUCCUUACAGCUGCGUUCCCUGUCCUGAGUUUCGCAAGGGCGCAUGCCAGAAGGGAGAUGCUUGCGAGUAUGCGCACGGUGUAUUCGAGUCCUGGCUCCAUCCUGCUCAAUACAGAACAAAGCUUUGCAAGGAUGAGAUCGGAUGCACUAGGAAGGUUUGUUUCUUUGCUCACAAAGCUGAAGAGUUGCGCCCCGUCUUUGCUUCUACUGGCUCUGCUGUGCCUUCUCCAAAGUCCUUGGCCAGUGUACUCGAUAUGACAUCAAUGAGUCCGUUGGCUCUUAGUUCCUCAUCUUUGCCGAUGCCAACUGUUUCGACUCCGCCUAUGUCUCCCAUAGCAGCUUCAUCACCUCCUAACAGCGGAGGCUCGUGGCAGAACAAGAGAAAUCUCACUCCACCAUCAUUGCAGCUUCCCGGCAGCCGACUGAAGGCUACCUUGAGUGCUAGGGAUUUGGAUUUGGAUAUGGAACUGCUGGGACUUGAAAGUCCUGCAAACCAGCAUCGGCAGCAAUUGAUGGAAGAAUUGGCUCGAAUCUCCUCCCCGUCCCUACGAAACAAAGACUUCGGUAGGAUUGGUGAUUUGAACCCAACAAACCUUGAUGACCUUCUCGGAUAUGUUGAUCAUUUUGCAUCACCUCAAUUACGCGGCCUUUCGGCACAGCUCUCAUCUCCUAGUCAACUGAACUCUCCGGGUGGCCUUCAAAUGCGCCAAAACAUGAGCCCCCUUCGUGCGAGCUAUCCAACCAACAUGUCCUCCUCCCCGGUGAGGAAAUCCUCUGCAUUUGGGUUUGAUUCAUCAGCUGCUGUGGCGGCAGCAGUGAUGAAUUCCAGGUCUGCUGCCUUUGCGAAGAGAAGCCAGAGUUUUAUUGAUCGCGGUGAAUCAGCGAGCCACCAUCUGGGACUUUAUUCACCUUCCCACCCUUCCUGUAGGGCGUCCUCUGCUGUUUCAGAUUGGAGUUCUCCCGAUGGAAAAUUGGACUGGGGCAUGAAUGGACAUGAGAUGCACAUGCCGAAGAAAUCUGCUUCAUUUGUGUUCAGGAAUAAUGGGGUGCCUGCCACUUCCAUGGCUCCGUCAGAACACGGUGAACCAGACGUCUCAUGGGUUCAUUCGUUGGUUAAAGACGUGCCCUCCGGAGAGUUGUGUUGCUGAGAUUACAAGAAGCAGUAUGAUCUGAGUAAAGAGACGCUUCCUCUACGGAUGAGGCUAAUGUACAUAGAAGCGUAGCAGAUGGUGGCAUGAACAAACGCCGCCGAGCUAAUUGCUCUUGAUUAUUUUUAUUAUUUAUUCUAUUUAUUUAUUUUGAACGAUAAUUAUUGUUCAACGUUGCAUAGAUAGAGUAUAUUCAGCUUGGUUAGUUUAGAUCAGAUUAGGAGUGCCUACUUCUUCGUGGGUCAACACUUGGAGUAACAUUCAAUAUGGAUGAAGCAAGACUGUUCUAUUUUUGAAAAAAUUUCAUUAAAUUAUGUCGCUAUAUGGGUUGCACGUCAUUCAA